AUGCACGAAUCUUACCGUGCCGCACCUGCGGCCGGCGUUGAGCCGAAAUGCAGCAGCUCACGGGAUGGUCUUCCCGCGCCGGACUUGGUGGAGGUGAGCCCACUAAUGCGCUCUUGCAUAUUUGGCUUUAACACUCAUGUAGCGGAGCUUCCUUCAUCUGCAACGGAUGUUAAAGGAGCGGCGUCUCCCUUUUUAGGCCCCUGCAAGGCACGAUUGGCCUCCGAAGUAGCUGUGCGAAGGGAGCUGUCAUCGCAACUUCCAGAGGAUUUGUUGAGGAGUUCCGUUUCCAACGACAGUACAGACGACAAUGGGAGCAGGUCGAAUGUCUCAUCAAGAGAGUCAGGCUCGGAGGCUCUGCUGGCAGCCGCCCCUUCUUGGGCUAGAGGGGGUAGUCGUUGGACGGAAGAUGAAUGCGUUCUUCCUCCAGAGCUCAGCGCAAGACUGGCCGAGCUGAGUCAUGAGGUAAUCGCCUUUCAGGGAGAAACGAAGGACCCACAGAUCACUCGAAGAUCAGCAGCUUGCAAAAAGGGGCGCCAGGUCACUCGCAGACUAACGGCUGGCCUGCGCUUGGAAUCUACAUGUGGGGGACUUCCCCAUGACAUAAGAGAAAUUGAUGGCUCACAUAAUGCGGCUCCCUUGUUCGUGAAUACCCCUCCAGAUUAUGCCUCACCUAUCCGCACACAGUUAGGCAACAAUGACGUAACAAAGGAUUCGCGAAGCACCAGCGAGCAGGAUGAUAGCUACGAAGCGGGCAGGUCUCUGCGCCAGGCAUUGUCCUUGGAGCUGACAAAGCUUGAAGAGGGCGGAGUUGGAGAGGUGCGAUAUCUUCCUGCUUGUGACCCUUGCCUACUGGGCUCCCCAGCGAGCCCAUCGAACUGCGCGGAAGGAAGCUGUGACAGCAGCCUCCACCUUACAGAUGUUGUUCUUCCGCUUGAGAUUUCGGACGCCAACAAGGACACCACGGAAAGUGCUGGAUCGUUCGUUUGUGGAGCGACCUUCGCCCUGCCUCACGCCUCCACUAACUCGUUUGAGCUGCUUGAGGAUGUCAUCGAACCUACGCGCAGCUGCGUCUCCUUUUUAGAAAAGCACGCGAAUGGUCAUGCGGCAAGUCACAGCGCUUUGCGGCCGCCGUUGGACGCGGGGGGCGUGUUCGCGGAAGUACAGAUGACGCUACUUGCGCUGCUUGAGGACCUUCAUUCUGCGACCUGCUGCUGUGCAGCGGCUUCUAGCCCUGAGUCCUGUGGUUGCUGCGUCGGGGCCUCGCCGUUGUUGAACAGCAAGCAGGCCAACAAUGCAUCGUUGUCUGUCAUGACGAAGAAUGCGAAAUCGGCCGGGAAGAUGGAAACUGGAAGAGAUAGCACAGGAGAGCUGAUCCAGCCUGCGACGACAUCAGGCCCCUGCGGCGGCACAGAUCUUGAGCAAAUUAAAAGGGACCCUCACGUAGGCGCUUUGUGCUGCUCAGAAACGGCUCCACUACAAUGUGGAAAGGAUAGAAGCUCUCCACGUUCAUUUUCCCCAGCAGUAUAUCGAUCAUGCCGCUCGCCAGUUUCUACUGUUGGGGAGCCAGAUCCUGCCCAAGAGGGUAUACGCGCUUCACCUGAUGGCUCUGCUUCGGCGGGAGGCAAGGCUAUUGGCAUUGUUUCUAUCGGCAGGGAAGAACGGGACCCUAGACUCUCACCUAACCCAUCAGGCAUUGUAAUUGACGCGGAUUCAGCUGGUGGACCUUUGGCCAGUGCCCCACCUGGACCAGGAACUCUGGAAGGUCCUCGCCACACUAUGAAAAAGGAAGAUGGGCUUUCUCCUAGCCGCAGCUUUGAAACGGGGGACGUUCUACACCUACUAUUCAGGCACCAUAGUGUUGUGAUGAUGUGCGCGGAUCGCUUUGCGGAGCUCCUUCCAUAUUCUCACAUCUUCAGAGAGUGUGUAGGCUCUUACCGCAUGCCAACGACAAUGCCAUCUUCGGCUCGUCAUUUGCUCGUCCAAGAGCUUCUGAUGCUGCGGCAGGACCCGGACAGAUUUUUGACACGCAACGCAUUUCUUUGGACGGAGGAUCCAGGUGCACUUGCAUGUUUAGCGGCCCCAAAGGGAGCUCUUGACUCUGAUCGGGUGCCCCGUGGGGAGGACGGGGGUCCAGUCUUGCCCCCUCAGAGUCCUGGCGGGGGGCGCAAAGAGGGUCUCCCACUUGUACAUGGGGAGGGGUCUCUUAGUGCCGUUUCAUCCGCUUUGACUACUGCAGGUUUAAGUUCUGGACGCUCUGGCGCUGCGUGGGCGCCCCCACUGCCCUUGCUUGAUCCUACUGUUCUUCUCUGCGCCUCGGGGACUGAGUUGGUUGCGCAGAAAUCUGCGGUGCUGCGGAUAUUACGGAUAUUGCGUUCGUUGGCGCCAUCUUGGGCUGCGCGAGACGACAAUUUUGGAUUCCAUUUUAAAACAGCGAUUUCGGCUACUUCCUUGGAUUGCUCAGAACUACGAAGUUAUCGCGUCGUUCUCCAGUCUUUGUCCCCGUUUGAUGCGAGAGAAUGGUCGCGCGAUCAGCUCAUGGAAGUUCUCAGUGAUCUUGACUGCAUACGGCUUGCUUGUCGGCGCCGGCGGAGCCUGAAAUCAAGCGUGGCACGUGUGCAACGCUUAAUCGAGCACCCUGAAGGAGGUGCUGUUGGCAAAUCGUGGAACGGAGCAGAAAGGGGAGCAGUUCCACGGCAGCUGUGGGAACUUAGCAGCGGUGCCAUACCGUCUAGCAGCGAUUCGGGGAACUCUCUGUGUCCUCCCCGGCAAGCACUGCGGGGAGGUCGAGACCCUGCUGACGGACAACUUACUGCGGGGAAUGGGGGUCUCACAGGUUCUGUCAACGCCUGUGGCUCAACUGUGCUGUCAGCCCGGCCGCAGUCCCACUGUUCAGGGGGUGAAUUGAAUGGUUCCUUGCAACAGGCUACCUUCCAGCAGCUGUCCCCAGCCGCAACUUUGGGCAAAGCUGCAUCCAGACCUGGGGCCGCUGCGGGCGUGCGUCUGAAUGAGCGCGAAGAGAUGGUCUCAUACCCCGAUAGCGACGUGGAGUCUCAGGCACUUGGUGGUGGGGGAGCCUCCGUUCCUCCAGGCAUGGCAACACCCGCCGGCUCAUCACGGCGGGGCCAGUCGCCCACGAGUUCGUCGAUCGGUGCACGGCGCAACGCGUGGGGAUCUGAUGCUUUCGGUGCAACUGCCAAUGGAAAGACGGGAAAUAGCAGCCCAAGCGAUUGCCCAAUGCGGCAGCAGUACGCCGUCCGCGCUGCAGAGCUGCCCAAGAUCAAGGGCGUUUUCAUUGGAAAGAAGCAUACAUGCUGGGUCGCCCAGUGGAAUGAUGCCAAUGGCCAGCCCCGGCAGAGUUGCUUUAACAUCAAGCAACAUGGUUUCGAGAAGGCUCGACGCCUGGCUGUUCAAGCGCGGCAGACGUUAAUGGGAAUGUCAACUUCAAAGACAGUGAACCCUGUGCCAGCAGAGACCCAUCGUACAGCAGCACAGCCUGUGCAGCCAGCACCACCUUCACCUCCAGCCAGCCGAGAGGUGCCACCAUCGCCGACGAGGCUGCCGGAUUUGCUCUUUAUGAGAGACCCAGCAACUGCAAUUGCAGAGGCUUUUGGCGGUAGAAGCAUCCAAACGCCAACGGCCAUCCUUCAGCACCAAACAGUCAACACAAAGCUUGACGCUCUUGCUGCAGCAACCGAGGGGCCGGCGAUUCAGAGGGAGUACAAUGGCGCUGCAUCGGUAGCGGGCUCGAAUAACCUUCGUAGCCUGAGUCCUCAGCAGACAAAAGGGUUAGCUGCUGGGACUCAAACUGCGAGGAACUCUCCACGAGGCGCCUCGCAGCGGCCAACAGGUGCUGGGGUUCCUUCAUCAGUUACCACUGCAGGAGCUGCUGUACGAAACUCUACAGUGGAAAAACACUUGGCAGGUGCUUCACAAGCGUCUAUGCUGUCUGUGCACGCCAGCGGGACUUCCUCUAAGCAACAGAACUUGCUACAGCAUCGGCUGCAGCAACAGCUAGAAGAGCAACUCCAGCAACUUCAACAAUUGCAGCAGCAGUUACUGCAACAAUCUUGCGCAACAACACAGCCCCAAAUUGGAGCAUCUUCUGCUCUGGGUCCCCGCACCUCCACAGGAUCUGCGUAUUUGGGGCUAGUUGACGGCUCAACAUCGGCAAUGGCAUUGGUGAAUUCAUUGCUGGAGAGUGCUACUGCAGCGCCUGCCAGAGUUCCUUCUCUGAGUGAUCUGGUGCAUGGGAAUUCCAGGGAUGUUCCAAGGGCUCCGUUGAUUCCGCUGCGCCCCCCGGAAGGGCAGCAUCAACAGGCAGCAUCACCUACGUCUUUGGCACAUGUAGGCGAACGCCUAUUACCUAUACAAGGCCCUCAGUCCUCUCGUGGAGGGUUAGGGACUUUGGAGUUGCCUGAAGAAGGAAACGUGCCGCCAAGUACUCCGUUUGGUCCUGCCGAAACUCUGGACGACGAUGGCCAUGCAGGAUGUACAAAGCGCAGCAACCGACUCCUUUGCGCUCAAAAAGCAGGCAAGCGCACAUUAGCCUCUUUGGCUAGAGAGUUUCCCACUGUAGGGGGCGUCACCUACAAUGUGAAGGGAGCUUGCUGGGAGGUGGCUGUAAAAGGGCGCGAGGCUACGAAGGUUUUUAGCACGAGGAAAUUUGGGGGUCUUGAGGCCGCGUACGGCGCAGCAGUGAUGUGGAAACGUAGAGUGGAAAGAGGCGAGGCAGGAGCAGACGAUGGAGAUAUGCCCGAUGGAGAUGGUCUGGCCGAUGAUGAAGAUUUAGACGACGCUGAGGGGCCUGGCCGGGAACCUCCUUCAGCGCCUUGGGAAGCCGGCUUAGAUGACAACGAGCCUCUGAGCAAACGCAUAGCGUGUUUUAGAUCCAACGUCUUCGUAGGCUCACUUGGCGCUCCCACGCAGCAGCAGCAACCAAGCUUAGCGAUGACCUCCCGGCCACUUCACGCUGCAGGUGCUCCUGUUGGGAAACCUCCGGUUCAGCAGCCCUUGUCGAGGGCAACUAGUGUUUGA